AUGAGUUCAUCUACAAAGCUUAAUGUUGAUUCUUCCGGGGUAGAAGUGAGCCCAACCUUGUAUAGGAGUAUCAUUGGGAGUUUACUUUAUCUUACGACCAGUAGAUCGGAUAUUGCUUUUAGCGUAAGUGUUUGUGCUCGAUAUCAAGCUACUCUGAAGGAAUCCCACCUGACUGUGGUGAAGCAAAUUAUACGAUAUGUCAAUGGAACUCCGGAUUAUGGCUUGUGGUACUUAAAGGACUCUAAUGCUUGCCUUGUAGGUUAUUCAGAUGCAGAUUGGGCUGGAAGUGUGGAUGAUCAAAAGUGUACUUCAGGUGGCUACUUCUAUCUUGGAAACAAUCUUGUCUCUUGGAUGAGCAAGAAACAAAAUUUCGUGUCUCUCUCUACGGCUAAAGCAGAGUACAUAACUGCUGGAAGUUGCUGCACACAACUCCUUUGGAUGAAAAAACUACUUCAUGACUACGGGAUUCCUCAAGAUACAAUGUGUGUUUUCUGUGAUAUCAAAAGUGCUAGAAAUCUCUUUAAGAAUCUGGUUCAACAUUCAAAGUCAAAACACAUAAAGAUACAUUACCACUUCAUCCGGGAUUUGGUGGAAGAUAAAGUUAUAUGUCUUGAAUUCAUACAUACAAACAAUCAAAAGGCGAACAUCUUUACCAAGCCUCUAGAUGGUCCACGGUUUGAAUCACUCUGUAAGACCAUUAGUGUUGGUACAGUUCCUUGA